AUGACAGAAACACUGGACGAAUGAAUGAAUGAAUGAAAAGCCCUGCUUUGCAGUCCCUCAGCAUGGCAGGACUACAGCUGAUGACCCCCGCUUCCUCGCCAAUGGGUCCUUUUUUUGGACUACCAUGGCAACAAGAAGCAAUUCAUGACAACAUAUACACGCCAAGAAAAUAUCAGGUUGAACUGCUGGAAGCAGCUCUGGAUCACAAUACAAUAGUCUGUUUAAACACUGGCUCAGGGAAGACUUUUAUUGCAGUACUACUCAUUAAAGAACUGUCCUAUCAGAUCAGGGGAGACUUCAACAAAAAUGGAAAGAGAACAGUAUUUUUGGUCAACUCUGCAAAUCAAGUUGCUCAGCAAGUGUCAACUGUUAGAACUCAUUCAGAUCUCAAGGUGGGAGAGUAUUCAAGUUCAGAAUUAACUGAAUCAUGGACAAAAGAGAAAUGGAACCAAGAAUUUGCUAAAUACCAGGUUCUGGUUAUGACCUGUCAUGUUGCUUUGAAUGUUUUAAAAAAUGAGCAUUUAUCCCUGUCAAACAUUAAUCUUCUUAUUUUUGAUGAGUGCCAUCUUGCAAUCCAGAAUCAUCCUUAUCAAGAAAUUAUGAAGCUCUGUGAGAGUUGCCCAUCGUGCCCUCGAAUCUUGGGAUUAACAGCCUCCAUUUUAAAUGGGAAAUGUGAUCCCGCAGAGUUAGAGGAAAAGAUUCAGAAACUGGAGAAAAUUCUGAAGAGCAGUGCUGAAACGGCGACUGAUCUUGUAGUCUUGGACAGGUAUACUUCUCAGCCAUGUGAGAUUGUGGUAGACUGUGGACCAUAUAUUGACAAAAGUGGUCUCUAUGAAAGACUGUUAACUGAGCUGGAUGAUGCCCUCAGCUUUUUGAAUGAUUGCAACAUACCUAUACAUUGUAGAGACAGAGAUUCUACCUUAAUUUCUAAACAGAUACUGUCAGACUGUCAAGCAGUGUUGCUUGUUCUGGGACCUUGGUGUGCAGAUAAAGUAGCUGGAAUGAUGGUGAGAGAGCUACAGAAGUACAUUAAACACGAGCAAGAGGAGCUGCCCAGGAAAUUUUUAUUGUUUACAGACACUUUCCUAAGGAAAAUACACGCGCUCUGUGAAGAGCACUUCUCGCCUGCCUCACUUGACCUGAAAUUUGUAACCCCAAAAGUCAUAAAACUGCUUGAAAUCUUGCGUAAAUAUAAGCCCUAUGAACGGCAGCAGUUCGAAAGUGUUGAGUGGUAUAAUAAUAGGAAUCAGGACAAUUAUGUGUCUUGGAGUGAUUCUGAAGAUGAGGAUGAGGAUGAAGAAAUUGAAGAGAAAGAGAAAACAGAGACUAACUUCCCUUCUCCUUUUACUAAUAUUUUAUGUGGAAUAAUUUUUGUGGAAAGAAGAUACACUGCAGUUGUUCUAAACAGGUUGAUAAAAGAAGCUGGCAAGCAAGACCCAGAGCUGGCUUACAUCAGCAGCAAUUUUAUAACUGGACAUGGCAUUGGAAAGAAUCAGCCACGUAGCAAACAGAUGGAAGUAGAAUUUCGAAAGCAGGAAGAGGUACUUAGAAAAUUUCGAGCACACGAGACCAACUUGCUCAUUGCCACUAGUAUUGUAGAAGAGGGUGUUGACAUACCAAAAUGCAAUUUGGUGGUUCGUUUUGAUUUGCCCACAGAAUACCGUUCAUAUGUGCAGUCCAAAGGAAGAGCCAGGGCCCCUAUCUCAAAUUACAUCAUGUUAGCAGAUUCAGACAAAAUUAAAGGUUUUGAAGAAGAUCUGAAAACCUACAAAGCAAUUGAGAAGAUCUUAAGAAACAAAUGCUCAAAAUCUGUCGAUACUAGUGAAACAGAAAAUGAACCCAUUGUAGAUGAUGAUGAUAUCUUUCCGCCAUAUGUUUUGAGAUCAGAAGAUGGCGGUCCAAAAGUCACAAUAAACACUGCUAUUGGACAUAUCAAUAGGUACUGUGCUAGAUUGCCGAGUGACCCGUUUACUCACCUGGCUCCUAAGUGCAAAACUAGAGAACUCCCCAAUAACACAUUUUACUCAACACUUUAUCUUCCGAUCAAUUCUCCUCUUCGAGCAUCAAUUGUUGGUCCUCCAAUGAAUUGUACAAGAUUAGCAGAAAGAGUUGUGGCUCUUAUUUGCUGUGAAAAAUUGCAUAAAAUUGGUGAACUGGAUGACCACUUGAUGCCUGUUGGGAAAGAGACAGUGAAAUAUGAGGAAGAACUUGAUUUGCACGACGAAGAAGAAACCAAUGUUCCAGGGAGGCCAGGCUCCACAAAACGAAGGCAAUGCUACCCUAAAGCUAUUCCAGAAUGUUUGAGGAAUAGUUAUCCCAAACCUGAUCAACCAUGUUACCUUUAUGUAAUUGGAAUGGUAUUAACGACACCUCUACCUGAUGAGCUCAACUUCAGGCGGCGAAAGCUUUAUCCUCCUGAGGAUACUACAAGAUGCUUUGGAAUACUGACAGCCAAACCUAUACCUCAGAUUCCUCACUUCCCUGUAUACACCCGCUCAGGAGAGGUGACCAUAUCUAUUGAGCUAAAGAAAUCAGGUUUCACUUUAUCUUUACAAAUGCUCGAGUUGAUCACAAGGCUUCACCAGUACAUUUUCUCUCACAUUCUUCGUCUUGAGAAACCUGCACUAGAAUUUAGACCUACAGAUGCUGAUUCAGCCUAUUGUGUUCUACCUCUUAAUAUUGUUGAUGGUUCCAGCACUUUGGACAUUGAUUUUAAAUUUAUGGAAGAUAUUGAAAAAUCAGAAGCCCGUACAGGCAUUCCCAGCACACAGUAUACAAAAGAAAUGCCUUUUAUUUUCAAAUUAGAAGAUUACCAGGAUGCGGUUAUCAUUCCAAGGUAUCGAAAUUUUGAUCAGCCUCAUCGAUUCUAUGUUGCCGAUGUCUACACAGAUCUUACUCCAUUGAGCAAAUUUCCUUCCCCAGAAUAUGAAACUUUUGCUGAAUAUUAUAAAACCAAGUAUAAUCUUGACCUGACCAAUCUCAACCAGCCAUUGCUGGAUGUGGACCAUACAUCUUCAAGGCUUAAUCUUUUGACUCCUCGUCAUUUGAAUCAGAAGGGAAAAGCUCUUCCAUUAAGUAGUGCUGAGAAGAGAAAAGCCAAGUGGGAAAGUCUGCAGAAUAAGCAGAUUCUUGUUCCAGAACUCUGUGCUAUACAUCCUAUUCCAGCAUCACUGUGGAGAAAAGCUGUUUGUCUCCCAAGCAUUCUUUAUCGUCUACACUGCCUUUUGACCGCCGAGGAACUCAGAUCCCAAACCGCCAUUGAUGCUGGUGUAGGAGUUAAGUCACUUCCUGCAGAUUUCAGAUACCCUAAUCUGGAUUUUGGAUGGAAAAAAUCUAUUGACAGCAAGUCUUUCAUCUCUGCUGCCUGCUCCUCUCUACCAGAGAAUGAAAAUCACUGUAAGCACAGCACAAUUGUAGUCCCUGAAAAUGCUGCACAUCAAGGUGCUAAUAGAACCUCUUCUGCAGAAAAGCAUGACCAAAUGUCUGUGAAUUACAGAACAUGGAUUGAUGAGUCAGCCCACGAGCUCCAGAUUGACAUUUCAGUAGAACUGGCAACAAUUAAUGGUGUUUCUUACAAUAAAAACUUUGCCAACGGCAAUUGUGACUUAGCUAACAGAGACUUCUGCCAAGGAAAUCAGCUAAAUUACUGCAAGCAGGAAAUACCUGUACAACCAACUACCUCGUAUCCUAUUCAGAAUUUGUACAACAGUGAGAACCAGCUCAAGCCCAGCAAUGAAUGUACUCUACUGAGUAAUGAAUAUCUUGAUGGAAAUGCUAACAAAUCUACCUCAGAUGGAUGCCCCAAAGUGGCAAUGACCAGCAGUGCUUCAGAUGCUUGUUAUCUUUCAAAAGACAGAAUGGAUUCUAUAGUAAGCCCUUGCAAUGGAUACUCCUCAAAAACCCUUGGCCCAAACCCUGGUCUUAUUCUUCAGGCUUUGACUCUUUCAAAUGCUAGUGAUGGAUUUAAUCUGGAGCGGCUUGAAAUGCUUGGUGAUUCAUUUCUAAAGCACGCCAUCACUACUUACUUGUUUUGCACUUACCCUGAUGCUCAUGAGGGACGCCUGUCGUAUAUGAGAAGCAAAAAAGUCAGCAAUUGUAAUUUGUAUCGUCUUGGAAAAAAGAAAGGGCUUCCUAGUCGCAUGGUGGUAUCUAUUUUUGAUCCACCUGUCAACUGGCUUCCUCCUGGUUAUAUAGUAAACCAAGACAAGAGUAACACAGACAAAUGGGGAAAAGAUGAAAUGACAAAGGAGGGCUUGCUAUCUAAUGGAAAACUUGAUGAUGAUUAUGAUGAUGACGAUGACGAUGAUCUAAUGUGGCAGGUACCCAAGGAGGAAGCUGACUUGGAAGAUGACUUUUUAGAGUAUGAUCAGGAGCAUAUCAAGUUCAUUGACAACAUGCUAAUGGGUUCUGGAGCAUUUGUGAAGAAAAUAUCUCUCUCCCCCUUUUCGCCCUCUGAUAACAGCUAUGAAUGGAAAGCACCCAAGAAGUCAUCUUUAACUAAUGUCCAGUUUUCAUCAGAUUUUGAUGAUUUUGACUACAGCUCUUGGGAUGCAAUGUGCUACCUAGACCCUAGUAAGGCUGUGGAAGAAGAUGACUUUGUAGUAGGUUUCUGGAAUCCAUCGGAGGAGAAUUGUGGCAUUGAUGCUGGAAAACAGUCUAUCUCCUAUGACUUGCAUACAGAACAGUGCAUAGCUGACAAAAGCAUUGCCGACUGUGUGGAAGCCCUUCUGGGCUGCUAUCUGACCAGCUGUGGUGAGCGAGCUGCUCAGCUUUUCCUCUGUUCACUGGGGCUGAAAGUGCUUCCAAUAAUUAAAAAAACUGAUUGGGACAGUGUUCUGUAUUGUUGCAGAGACCAUUUUAACAGCCAACAGAGGCAUCCUUUGGCAAACUGUAUUUCUGCCUCUCUAGCCAAUCAAGAAUCUUCUUUGUAUAAAGACUUGGUUUAUGGCUGUUUAAAGAUUCCGCCAAGAUGCAUGUUUGAUCAUCCAGAUGCUGAGAGAACCUUAAAUCAUCUUAUAUCUGGCUUUGAAAACUUUGAGAAGAAAAUUAACUACAGUUUUAAGAACAAGGCUUACCUACUUCAGGCGUUUACUCAUGCCUCUUAUCAUUACAACACCAUUACUGAUUGUUACCAGCGGUUGGAAUUCUUGGGAGAUGCAAUUUUGGACUACCUCAUAACCAAGCACCUUUACGAAGACCCACGGCAGCACUCUCCUGGAGUUCUAACAGACCUGCGAUCUGCUCUUGUUAACAACACCAUCUUUGCUUCGUUGGCUGUCAAGUAUGACUACCACAAAUACUUCAAAGCUGUCUCUCCUGAACUGUUCCAUGUUAUUGAUGACUUUGUACAGUUUCAGAUGGAAAAAAAUGAAAUGCAAGGAAUGGAUUCAGAGCUCCGAAGAUCUGAAGAAGAUGAAGAAAAAGAAGAAGACAUAGAAGUACCAAAGGCCAUGGGGGAUAUAUUUGAAUCUCUUGCUGGUGCCAUUUACAUGGACAGUGGAAUGUCUCUGGAAAUGGUUUGGCAAGUGUACUAUCCAAUGAUGAGGCCGUUAAUAGAAAAAUUCUCUGCAAAUGUUCCCCGUUCCCCAGUACGAGAGCUACUGGAGAUGGAGCCAGAGACAGCUAAAUUUAGUCCUGCAGAGAGAACCUACGAUGGAAAGGUCAGAGUAACUGUGGAAGUCGUAGGGAAGGGAAAGUUUAAAGGUGUUGGAAGAAGCUAUCGGAUAGCCAAAUCUGCAGCAGCACGAAGAGCUCUACGAAGCCUCAAAGCAAAUCAACCUCAGGUUCCAAACAGCUGAGACACCUCUUUAAAAAGAUAGUUUUUAAAGUUGAUGUUGAGAGGAACAAACUGAAGACAGCAUUUAAAGUUUGAUAAUAAAAUAGCUAACAACAUUUAACAUAUAUACAUAAUUUUGGAACUAAUUGUAGUUGUAGGGUUUUUUUUUCUUUUUGCGCAAACACAAUCUUGUCUUCUUUCCUCACUUCUGCUUUGUUUAAUCACAAGAGUGCUUUAAUGAUGACAUUUAGCAAGUGUUCAAAAUUGUUGUCAGGUAACCUUUAAUUUACUUUGUCAGUACUGCUUUGCUUAGUGUUAAAGGCCAGGGAGCUUUUUUUUUCCCUUGAAAUUCCUCAAAUCUGUGCACUAGUGCCAGUCACAAAGCAGUUUAUAAACUGUACUGGAUGAUUUGGUGUAAGGAUAAGUGUGCCAGUAUUGUCCUUGUUCUUUCCGUGUCAUCUUUGCAUUAAGAUGGCAUUCCCAAUCAUAUUGCACUUAUUUGUUAGGGACAGGUUUUUAACUGAAAUGUCUGGCAUCUAAUAGAAAUAAGUGGAUGCCCACACAGUCUUGCAUUUGAAAGGUUCUUGCCUUAAAAGUAUAUAAGCCCUCAUUAGUCACGACUCACAACCUUUAAUUUCUGAUCUCUUUGGAGCAGACUGUUUUACAUUCCCUUCAUUUUUAGAAUGCAUUUUAUGAUGAUACAGCUCUGUAUUUACAGUACAACAUGGUAGUUUAGCUGUGACUUAACUUAUUACAGGACUGUAAUAGAAUUCGUAUUCAUAUAUAUGUAGUGAGGUUAUUUUUUAAUGAUUCCGAGGAAAUUGUUAGUGCAGAUUUUUGUUUUUGAUAGUGAAAACAAAGUCUCUCACAAAUUUCCAUUGUUACAAAAACCAAGAGCUAGACUGGGCACAAUCCAUCAGUCUUGUGGAACCCUCUUUUACGUCAAGGGGCUUGUGCAGGGGAUAUUCUUGAUGGAUUGAAGAUGUUGUUUCCAGUAUCGGAACAUUGUAAUAAUAGCUAAUUGCACAGUGCAAACUGUUGCUUUUUGGGGGGAGAAAAAGAACCUUCAACAUAUCGCACCUAAAAUAUGCUGCAGAUUUUAUAUUGGAUACAUAUUUAACAAAUAGAGCACCUUUACACCUCUAAGAGCGAUUUCCACAUUUCUUACUGUACUUUUCAGAAUUGCAUGCAUAUUUCAUCUACCAAAGCUGUGCUGUUUAAAAUGCCAUGGAAGUUGUUGUGAGAGAAACUGCCAUACUUUUUGAUACAUCUGUGAUUUAGAUCCUUUAAUGUAGAGUAAGUAGCUCAUUAUUGUUUCAGUUGAUAUGAAAGCAUAUGUUUUAGGCUAUGCCUAAAUUUCUUUAGAUAUCUGUAGGCACCCUUCACUUAAAUACCUCAGUUCUUCUUCUUUCUUUUGUCUUUCCCCCCCUUUUUGCAUGCAUUGUUUUCUGUUUUGGUGCUAUGUGUAUGUAUUAUGCUUGAAAUUUUAAUUUUUGCACUGUAACUAUAAUACCUCUUAAUUUACCUUUUUUUAAAAAAAGCUGUGGGCCGUCUUGCACUCCCACCAAUAUCAGUAGAGGUUUGCUGCAAUUUUGCCCCAUUUAAUUAUGCUUGAAGUUUCAGAAAGCGGAGCAAGUUUUUUUAAAUGUUUUCCAGGACAGUGGUUGGCUCUUGAUGCUGUUUUAUGUGUUCUUUUACAAAUAAAUACUGUAUUUUCUGCUUUUAAAGACACCCCCCAACCCCAUGCAUUCAAGAUUUGAAGAGGGGGAAACAUCUGACUUACCUAUUUGAAUGAGAACAAACAUAGUCCAGGGAUGUUAAACUUCUCUGAAAUACUGACUUCAGUUUCAAAUAACAAUGUUUUGGGGGUUUUGCUUAGAUUUUUUAGUAAUGCCAGUAAAACUAUUUGCAAUUGGGUCUCAGUCAUAGUGACAGAAUAGUAUAUUAUGGAAAACACAAAUGAUAUGAUUUCCACCCCCCUUACCCCCCAUUGUACGAACUCCACAUACAUCUUAAAAUCCCUUUGUUUCCACCAUAGCAUCUUCACUGCACUGAAGGCUAGCUGCUUUUUAGCUUUAAAAAUGGCUUGAGUCUUCAGCAGGUUGAGUAGAUGCUUUGAAAAAUUCAAAGAAGCCUCCAGCUACAUAUGUAGCAUUGUCCCAUUGGUGUGCAUAGAAUUGUGGAAACAUCUGUUACAACUUUUAGGUACCCCUGACUUUAAGUAUUUUUAAACAACAAUUUCAAUGGGACUUUUCAAUGGUAACUGGAUUGAGAAUUGCCAUUGAAGUUCACUGUGCAAGAAUAAAGCUGUAUAGGAAGUUUAUUAAUAAACACGCUCUUAACUGUGCAACUGAAUGAAGGUUUAGCAACUCUAGGAAAUAAUUGUUACUAAUGCUGGUAGUUUUUCCUCUGCUGACCCAUAUAUGUCACUUCACUUAUAAAAGCUCACAACAUCCAUAUAGUUCAAAACGGCCUGUUUUAUCCAAGUUAAACUUGUACUUAUUUUUUUUGUGAAAUGCCCAAAGUAAAGUCUAACCAGUUUUUUGAGAUGAAAAAAUUCAGCAAAGAUAUUUCCUGAGAUUACAGUGUAGCCUGAUGGCAAUAGGAAACUUUGCUUGCAUUCUAUAUCAGAAGUAUUCAGUGUCCUUCCUGAAUGUGCAACAAGCUGAUUAAUUGGAAGGACUGAUAUGAGUAAAGGUCUAUUGUAAACAUCGGCCCUACUGCUGAUUGUGUUUUUUGAUGCUACACCUGUAUGAUUUCUUUCAUAGCGCUCUUAUAAUGCAGAAAUCACUCUAAUUUCUGUGCUGUGCAACUGCUUUACCCUUUUAAAAAUAUAAUUAGAGUAUUAGACAAUGCUUAAUCCUGAUCAUUUUUUGAAGGUUGGGAUUGAAAUCCCUUGAUAUGCUACAAGCAAGGAAAUGGACUGUGGCAAGCCUGUCUUCAAAAUCAACCACACACACUCCUCAUGCAGAUAGAGGAGGCAUAAACCUAGUUUGGGAAUUCUCCCCCCCCCCCAAUGUUUUGUUCUAUUAUACUGUACCUUUUAAACAAUCCUCUUAACUAUGCUGCAUUUUUAUUUUGUAUGGCUUUGUUUUGUGCUGUUCUGUUCAUGUAGCACAAAUAAGCAUUGCACUUGUUACCAUGCUUUACCUCAUUUCAAGGAGAAAUAUACUUAAUAGAGGAAAAAUGUGGUUUGGGCCUUGCUGCUGAUUUGAUUUACUGAAUUUGAAAAAAAAUCACUAGAAUGCCUGCAAUGUAUCACUUAACUUGCACAACUGAAAUAGGUCAUUUGUUACGUCUGUGGCAUUUUACUAUGGUUUUUUAAGAGUUAAAACUAUUGUUUUUUUUUAAUUAUGCCAUAUUUUAUUAUUCUGUGAAACUGUUGAAAUUUUAGAAUGACCUCUUUUCACCUUCCCCAUGUUGUAAAAGAUCACUGAACAAGUAUACAUUAACGGUCAAUUAAAUUCUUUAAGCAAGGAGUGCAGAGAAGAGAAUUAAGCGAAAGCUUUUGUCAAUAUGAAUGCAGGCUUGGUUCAGCUUUGAGCAGUCCCCUAAGUGUAGGACCUCACCUGCAGAUGCAUAAACUGGCUGUUCUCCUAUGUUCCUCAAUGAAUGUAAUGAAAUACAUUUCAUGUGACUGAUGUAAAUGAGACGGGAACCUAGGACCAUUUUAAGUCCUUGAUGGAAAAUAUUUUCAGUAAGUGAAGAUGUGUUAAUACUGCUACAUUUGUGUCUUUAAACCGUAAUAUUUACAACAGUAAAAUGUAAUUUAAAUCAAACUGCUUUCACCAGCAGAAGUCAAAUCGGUUCCAUGCAACUUUUCAAGAGUAAUUCUAUAUUUAUUACAACCAUUUUGUCUCCAAAGUAUUAGUAAAGGUUCCCCCCUCCCAUUGCAUUUAAUUUGGGUAACAACCACAGACUGUCUAAAUUGAUGUGUUAGAUGCACUCAGUUUACUAUAGCAGCAAGUUAUCUAGAGGGAAACAAGUUGAACAGGCAUUUGAAAAUUGCAGGCUUUUUAUUGUAAAUAGUUUGACUUUAAAGAUGGUUAAAAUCAAGUAGAAUGAAUAACGUAAUUUGAUGGACAAUAAAAUAUUUCCCAUCACAUGCUGCAGCUGUCUAAGGGACAUAAAAUGUAAUUCAUUCAUACUGUAAUCAUGCUGCAGAAAUUUGCAGUCUGCACCUUAUGGAUCACAAUUACCUUUAAUAGAUUUUUGUAAUAAUUGUAGCUGAAUAUAUCUCCA